AUGGAUACUCUGCUAACCGCCGAGUCGGCGGUCAAUUCGCCUCGCUACCGACGGAAGUCGAGCACCUUUAUCGACGCAAUCCAUGACCUCCCGGAGAAAACCGAGAUGGCACCAGCUCAGCUCUACAGUACUGAGUCAGGACGACUGUUCCAUGCUGGUCGGAUUGCCAUUACCACAGUAGGACUACCUGCUCGCGGCAAGACCCACAUCUCGGUGGCGUUGGCUCGGUAUCUACGAUGGCUCGGGGUUAAAACCAGGAUUUUUCACCUUGGUGACUAUCGCAGAGCUAUCGUAGGUCCAGGGAAGGAUGUCCCUGAUGAUUAUUUCUUCGUCAACGCCUCGGCGUCGUCGGUACUGCUACGACAGAAGAUCCUCAAGAAGUGCAGAGAGGAUAUUUACAACUUCCUCAACCAUGAGAACGGCCAAAUUGCAAUCUACGAUGCAGUCAACCCUCUGUCUGCCGGUCGAAGGUCACUGGCCAAGGAAUUCGCGAAGCACGACAUCAAGUGUCUGUUUAUCGAAUCAAGUUGUGAUGAUCAGCGGAUAAUCGAGGAGAAUGUCCGCAGCGUCAAAAUCUCCUCGCCCGACUACAUUGGAUGGCCCGAGACAGAUGCAGUAAAGCAUUACCUGAACAGAGUAACUGCCAAAAUCCCGCACUUCGAGACAAUGGAGGAGCCAGACCUCGACUGGAUCAAGAUGAUCAAUGCAGGAGAGAGACUAGUGGUCAACAACACGAGCUUCGGUUAUCUGUCGCACCGGAUUGUGUUCUAUCUGUUAAAUCUACACAUCAAAUCUCGGCAUACUUAUUUUGCUCGUGCGGGCACGACUUUGGAAGAGGAGUCCUUCAAGGCCGAUGCACGUCUGUCUCCUCAAGGCAAGGACUAUGCAAAGAAGAUGAGUGAGACAUUGCUCAAGCAUCGAGAGGAAGAGAGACGGGCUCUGAUCGAAAAGGGAGGGAUUGACACUCCGCUGAAACCACUCAUCGUAUGGACAUCAACGAGACGGAGGACUGUAGAAACUGCGGCAUUCUUAGAAGCCAGAGGUUUCAAAGUGAGGCAGAGAUCUCAGAUGAGUCAGCUCAAUCCCGGCGUGUGUGAAAAGAAAUCGGAGCGCAGAAUUCGACAGGAAUAUCCCGAGGAGGUGGUGAAGCAUGACCUUGAUCCAUACCACCACCGCUUCCCCAGAGCAGAGUCCUAUCAUGAUGUUGCAGUUCGAUUGGAGCCCAUCAUUCUCGAAUUGGAAAGGGAACAGAAUGAUCUUCUCAUCAUUGCCCACGAGAGCGUCCUCCGUGUGCUGUACGGGUACCUAAUGGCCUGCAAUGCUGCCGACAUACCCUUCCUAUCGUUCCCACGAGACGAGAUAAUCGAGAUCAUUCCCGCCAGUUACAACAAUGAGGCGAAGCGGAUAAAGAUUCCAAACCUCCCUCCAGAGAUCAUCCCCGCCUCACCAGAGGGAAUCAAGGCGGCCGCUCCGCCCAGCGGAUUUGCAACUCCUGUGCCUGGCCUGGGUAGUGGCCUCGCCAGCCCCAGAACCGGGAGAAGCACGCCGGAGCCAGGUUCUGGAUACAAGACCCCAGAAGACUCUGAGAAUCUGUCGGUGAGGAUGCACGACGUGGUGUGA